AUGACCACAGUGUCCAUGGAGCCUGUGGGACUCCUUGCGGAACGGGGCGCCAAUGCCACCGACCCCCCGCUGAGCUCAAAUGAGGACACAGCUGCCACCUUUACCAUCGGCACCAUCCUCUCCAUCAUGUGCUUUGUCGGAGUCUCUGGGAACAUCUACACCCUGGUGGUCAUGUGCCACUCCAUGAUGACUGCAGCCUCCAUGUACAUCUACAUCAUAAACUUAGCUUUGGCAGAUCUGCUGUAUCUUCUCACCAUACCUUUUGUAGUCUGCACACACUUCCUGAAAGGGUGGUACUUUGGGGAUAUUGGGUGUCGGAUUCUGAUCAGCAUGGACUUCCUGACGAUGCAUGCCAGCAUCUUCACGCUGACAAUCAUGAGCACUGAGCGCUACUUUGCAGUGCUCAAGCCAUUCGACACAGUAAAACGGUCUAAAAGUUACCGGAAGGCCAUCGCUCUGCUGGCAUGGGCAGCAGCUCUCAUCCUAACCAUACCAAUGAUCGUGAGCAUUCAGCUAAUGACAGUGGGCAACAAAGCUAUGUGUCAGCCCACGUUGUCACCGCUCUCCUACAAGGUUUACAUCUCCUUCCUGUUUUGCACAAGCAUCGUCGCUCCUGGACUGAUCAUUGGCUAUCUCUACAUCCAGCUUGCACGCACGUAUUGGGUUUCACAGACGGAGACCUUCAAACUGAACAAGAAACUCCCCAAUCAAAAGGUGCUGUACCUGAUCUUCACCAUCGUGCUUCUUUUCUGGGCUUGCUUCCUGCCCUUCUGGAUCUGGCAGCUGCUGGGUCAGUUCUACCCCUCACUGUCCCUGUCCAACAAAGCCAAACGCAACAUCAACUACCUGACCACGUGUCUGACGUAUUCCAACAGCUGCAUCAACCCGUUUCUGUACACGCUGCUCACCAAGAACUACAAGGAGUACCUGAGGACGCACAAGCGGUCCUGGUCAGCCGGCAGCUACUUCAACAGGAAGAGUCGCUUUCAGCGUUCGCCGCGCAGGUCGCCGUCUUCCAGCAGUCAGCAGUGUACUGAGAGCUUUAUGCUCACACACACGGCCUCCCUGCGAGCACAUAACAGCAGUUUGUAA